AUGGCCCCCCUCCUUGAGCGUGCCACUGCUCCCAUUGAGCAAGCCCUCGCUGAGGCCAAACUCACUCCUGCUGACAUUGAUGCCAUCGAGAUGGUGGGUGGCUGCACGCGUGUGCCUGCCAUCAAGGCCCGCAUCCAGGAAUACUUCGGCAAGCCCCUCUCCUUCACACUCAACCAGGACGAGGCUGUUGCUCGCGGAUGCGCCUUUAGCUGCGCUAUCCUCUCCCCCGUGUUCCGUGUCCGUGACUUUUCUGUACACGACAUGGUCGUCUACCCUGUCGAGUUCACCUGGGAAAAAUCCGAGGACAUCCCAGACGAGGAUACCAAUCUUACUGUUUUCAACAAGGGCAACGUCAUGCCCUCCACAAAGAUUCUAACCUUUUACAGAAAACACCCCUUCGACCUCGAGGCCAGGUAUGCGAAGCCAGAGCAACUCCCAGGCAAGGCGAAUCCUUGGAUCGGUAGGUUUUCGGUCAAGGGUGUCAAGGAGGACCCCAAAGGCGACUUCAUGAUCUGCAAGCUCAAGGCUCGCCUGAACAUUCACGGCGUGCUCAACGUCGAGUCUGGGUACUACGUGGAGGAAGUCGAGGUCGAGGAGCCUAUCCCUGAGCCCCCACAAGAUGAGAAGAAAGAGGGUGACGUACGUAAUUCCAGUUUUCUCAGUGAUUUGAGCAAAGGCCGAAUCAGCCCCCCUGCGGAGCCUGCGGCGAAGCGACACAAGUCUGAUGAAUCUGUACCUCUUGCGCGUCCACCUGCUUCAGCCUCUACAACCGAUGAACUAACACAUCUUACGCAGGCAAUGGACGUCGACAAGGAUGCCCCCAAGGAGCCACCGAAGACACGCAAGGUUAAGAAGCAGCAGAGAAAGGGCGACCUACCGCUGUCCGCAGGGACCGCAUCGCUCGAUGAGACCAGCAAGCAGACAGCUGCUGAGCGCGAGAACUCCAUGAUCAUGGAAGACAAGCUCGUCGCCGACACUGAGAACGAGAAGAACAAUCUUGAAAGCAUGAUCUACGAGCUCAAGGACAAGAUCCUCGACGUCUACGCCGACUUCGCCAGCGAUGACGAGAAGGCCAAACUCAACGCCAAACUUGAGCAGAUCGAGGAAUGGUUAUACGAUGACGGUGACGAUGCUACCAAGGCACAGUACGUCGCCAAGAAGGAGGAUAUACGCUCAAUUGCCGGCCCCAUCAUCCAGCGCUACAACGACAAGAUCGAGGCAGAGCGGCAAGCCAUCAUGGAGAAGCAGCAGAAGGAGCACGCCGCAAAGCAAGCUGAGCUCGAACGCGCCAAGCGGGAAGCUGAAGCUAAGAAGGCUGAGAACGCACCCCCAGCCGCUGACCAAAAGGACACUGAGAUGGCCGAUGCCGAGGCGCAAAAACCCGAUGGCGUUGAGGAGGCUUAG